GACGGAAGUGCCUUUAGUCGGAUGUAUAAACUGCAUGAGGCGCACGACACACUUCCUUUUCUUGCGUGGCCGCCAUAGACGAAGGAGCGUGGUUCCCGGCGAGCCGACAAGUUUUCAGAAAAAAUGGCUUGUGCCAGGCCCCUGAUAUCGGUCUACUCGGAAAAAGGAGAGACCUCCGGCAAGAAUGUGGUGAUGCCGGCCGUGUUUAAGGCCCCCAUCCGCCCUGAUAUCGUGAACUUCGUUCACACCAAUAUGCGGAAAAACAACCGCCAGCCCUAUGCUGUCAGUGAAUUAGCUGGUCACCAGACUAGUGCUGAGUCUUGGGGUACCGGUAGAGCGGUGGCUCGCAUCCCGCGCGUGCGCGGUGGCGGCACUCAUCGCUCUGGCCAGGGUGCCUUUGGAAACAUGUGUCGUGGAGGGCGAAUGUUUGCCCCCACCAAGACCUGGCGUCGCUGGCAUCGCCGCAUCAACACGACCCAGAAGCGCUACGCCAUCUGCUCUGCCCUGGCUGCGUCCGCCCUGCCAGCUCUGGUGAUGGCCAAAGGUCACCGCAUCGAGGAGAUCCCCGAGGUACCCUUGGUGGUCGAUGAUAAGGUUGAAGGAUACAAGAAGACCAAGGAGGCAGUUCUGCUCUUGAAGAAACUGAAGGCCUGGAAUGACAUAAAGAAGGUUUAUGCCUCCCAGCGCAUGCGUGCCGGCAAAGGUAAGAUGAGGAACCGCAGGCGCAUCCAACGCAAAGGACCUUGCAUCAUCUACAACGCAGACUCCGGCGUGACAAAGGCCUUCAGGAACAUCCCUGGUAUCACCCUGCAGAACGUCAACAAGCUGAACCUGCUCCGAUUGGCUCCUGGUGGCCAUGUGGGCCGCUUCUGCAUCUGGACUGAGAGCGCUUUCCGUAAACUGGAUGAGCUGUACGGCACCUGGCGCAAGCCGGCCACCAAGAAGGUGGACUACAACCUGCCAAUGCACAAGAUGACCAACACAGACCUGAGCAGAAUUCUGAAAAGCCAGGAGAUCCAGAAGGCUCUUCGUCCUCCAAACAAGAAGAUCCACAGGAGAGUGCUGAAGAAGAAUCCUCUGAAGAAUCUGAGGGUCAUGAUGAAGCUGAACCCUUACGCCAAGACGGCAAGGCGCAAUGCCAUCCUGCUGCACGACCCCGUCAUGAGAGCCAAGCUUCAGAAGAACAAGAAGGCCACAAGGAAGGUGAAGAGAGAGGCCAAGAAGAAGGCGGCGGCCGGCAAGGCCCCAGAAGCGGGCAAGCCUGCAGAAGCGGGCAAGCCUGCAGAAGCGGGCAAGGCGAAGGCAGCCAAGGCCCCCAAGGCCCCGAAGGAGAAGGCGUCAGCAGCGGAGAAGCCGGCCAAGUAAACGCACACUCAUGCAGCCUGGAGUCACACAGAUAUAAUAAAAUGUUAAAAAAAAAGA